AUGCGUUUAUAUUUUAUCUGUACAAUUAUUUCUUUAUAUUGUUUUCUAUCUGUAAAGUCGUGGCAUUUAAAAAAUAAACAAAUAUCUCCCGUCAUAUUUGUUGAUAUAAUUAUUACAUUGAAAGUUCCAGGCGAUGGUGGCAGCCAAGUUGAAGCAAAACUCAAUAAAACUUCUGUGGUACAUUAUUUGUGUGAAAAGGUUUCCCCAGAAUAUUUUAAUAUCUGGUUAAAUUUAGAAUUACUCGUACCAGUUAUCAUAGACUGUUGGAUUGAUAAUAUGAAAUUAAUUUAUGACAAUGUUACAAGAACAACAAGAAAUCAAGAUGGUGUUGAUAUACGUAUACCAGGUUGGGGCGAUCCAUUUGUUGUUGAGUAUUUAGAUCCAAGCAAAGCAUCUCCUGGAUCAUACUUUAAAGAUAUUGGAAAUAUGCUAGUUAAUGAACAUGGAUAUAUUAGAAAUCAUUCAAUACGUGGUGCACCAUAUGAUUUUAGAAAAGCUCCUAAUGAAAAUGAAAUAUUUUUUAAUAAACUGAAAGAUCUAAUUGAAGAAACAUAUGAUAACAAUAAUCAGACCCCUGUAACAUUGUUAGCACACAGUAUGGGUGGACCAAUGACACUUAUAUUCUUACAACGUCAAUCUCAAAAGUGGAAAGAUAAACAUAUCAAUUGUUUGAUUACUCUUGCAGCUGUUUGGGGUGGCAGUGUUAAAGCUCUUAAAGUCUUUGCAGUUGGAGAUGACUUAGGUGCAUAUCUUUUACGCCAAAGCAUUCUCAAAGAUCAACAAAUAACUAGUCCCAGUUUAGGAUGGUUGUUACCAUCACGAUUAUUUUGGAAAGACACAGAAAUAUUGGUACAAUCUGAACAAAGAAACUACACAUUGCUCACAUUACAAGAUUAUCUGAUAGAUAUAAAUGUUCCAAAUGGUUGGGAAUUUAGGAAAGACAAUGAAAAGUAUCAAUUAGAUUUUACUGCUCCAGGAGUUGAGGUACAUUGUUUGUAUGGAAAUAAUAUAGAUACAGUACAAAGAUUGUAUUAUAAGCCUGGUAUAUCAAUAGAAGGAUCUCCACAAUUAAUUCCUGGUGAUGGUGAUGGUACUGUAAAUUUAAGAAGUUUAGAAGGUUGUAAGUAUUGGCAGGGUAAGCAGAAACGGAAAGUUUAUUCUCAAGUCUUCCCUGGUGUAAAUCACAUGGAUAUUCUUAAAAAUAGUAAUGUCUUAAGCUAUAUUAAAACUAUUUUAAAAGUGUGAUAUUAUUAUUAUUAUUAAUGUAUAGUAUAGCUGUUAAUGUAAUUGGUAAAUCAAAUAUUCAAGAAAAGUAG